AAUGUUAGCGAUACUGGACAAACUUCUGAAUUGUGUCUAUUCAUACCACUAGUCAAACAGCGGAGAAGUGUUUAUUCUCCCGUAAUGAUGCUGUGAGAGCGAAAAAUGUACCUUCAAUUUUAAGUUAAUUUGGUUACACUCGAGGAAGCGCUCGUAAAAUCAGUGAGUCGGCGUCAGCACCGAGUGCACUUAGCGAGCAACUCCGGGGCGACGUGGUGUUUGUGCUUACCAGCCGCUUCUUCCUUCAGGUGACUUUAUGUUUGUCCCAACAAAUGACCUCACACUCGCGCUGUCUGUGCACACCAAGCUGCGCUAAGGAAGCAGGGGAGUCAUGGUAGUGCUACAGUAGUCACAGCAUCAGCAUCAUGGACAGCUCCGGCCGGCGGACACCUGCCACCCACCUGUAGCACCACCCGGUAGCAUGACGAGCACGGACCACGGCGCCCAGGACCGAGGAGAGAGCCGCUGUGGUUUGCCUGGAGAAGUUAUGAUGAAGAAUGGCUCUGCAGUCACAGAUUCGACUGCCUCUGACCUCCACGAUCACACCAGCCACCACCGCCAUGAAGCCAGCAUGACUCCACACAGCGAGCACAUCCUGCCCACUUACAAGCCAUCCUGCUCCUCUACCCCCAUCUACUACAGCAGCCCUCAGAAAACCUACUCAGACCUGGACCAGGACAACCACAGCUUGACUUCCCAGGACUCUGGGAUCCCCACUCUGGAGAUCAACCCUCCAGAGGCCAUCCUCCACAGUCAGCAGCGCCCAGGCGAUGUAGGCCUCAUCCUGGACUCCAGUCACAAUUGCCCUGCCACGUUACCUUUGAAUGGUGAUCUCUCUGACAGCAUCCACAAAUCCUCCACCUUCCCCCGCAGUGGCUACGACUCCAUUCGUCUCUUCAGCCCUGGCCUCAGAUUAUCCACCACCAUGGGCAUGGGUGUCGGGGGUGGAGUCUUGAACCGCAGCGACGACAUCUCUGUCUGCAGUGUGUCCAGCAUCAGCACUGAGCUGUCAGUCUCCAAUGAAGACAUCUUGGAUUUCACUGUCACGUCUGACUCCAGUGCCAUCGUCACCUUGGAGACAGACGACAGCGGCACUGCUCACUUCUCAGAUGUUAUGCUGACGUCAUUGCCAGAUGACGCCAGAGAUUUAAGGGGUCCUGUACGACCGUUUCCAGGGUCAGAUGCUGUGAAACAGGAAGAAGAUGGGCGGCAAAAGAAACUGGGAGCUCUGUCGACUUUAUUCAACAAGAGCCUGUUUUUCAAGAGGGCGAAGGACAGUCGGCCAGUGGAGCAGGGGGAUCCAGGCUGGAAGCUGUUUGGGAAAGUCCCACCACGGGAAAGCCCCAUCAAGGACCCUAAGAGAAUACAAAAGGAAUAUGAAACAAAGAGUGGCAGACCUGGACCUGGCAACCCGACAUCUCCCAGGAAGAGUGUGAGGAAAAACCUGGACUUUGAGCCCCUCUCCACCACCGCACUUAUACUAGAGGACAGACCUGCUAAUCUGCCUGCCAAACCGGCUGAGGAGGCCCAGAAACACAGACAGCAGUAUGAAGAGAUGGUGGCCCAGGUCAAGAAGAGAGAGCUGAAGGAGGCUCAGAAGAGGAAGAAGCAGCUGGAGGAUCGAUGCAAGCUUGAGGAUAGCAUUUGUACAGUGGCCCAGACUUGGAACCAGGAGAUCUUGCCUAACUGGAGUACAAUGUGCACAUCUCGACGAGUGAGGGACCUCUGGUGGCAGGGCAUCCCCCCCAGUGUCAGAGGCAAAGUGUGGAGUCUGGCUGUGGGCAACGAGCUCAACAUCACACACGAGCUGUAUAACAUCUGUUUGGCCCGGGCAAAAGAGAAGUGGAACACCAUGCCAGCACCUACCGCUGAGACUGAAGCUGAAGAUGCUGGUUCUUCAGACAGGGAGUCGAGCCUGGAGCUGAUCAAGCUGGACAUCUCAAGAACCUUCCCCCAGCUGUGCAUUUUCCAGCAGGGUGGGCCCUAUCACGAUGUGCUGCACAGCAUUCUGGGAGCAUACACUUGUUACCGGCCAGACGUUGGCUACGUGCAGGGAAUGUCAUUCAUCGCAGCAGUGCUGAUCCUGAACCUGGACACAGCUGAUGCCUUCAUAGCUUUUGCCAACCUGCUCAACAAGCCCUGUCAGAUGGCCUUCUUCAGAGUCGACCACAGCCUUAUGUUGACAUACUUUGCAGCUUUUGAAGUGUUCUUUGAAGAAAAUCUACCAAAGCUCUUUGCACAUUUCAAGAAGAACAACUUGACCCCUGAUAUUUAUUUAAUUGACUGGAUCUUCACUCUGUACAGUAAGCCGCUGCCGUUGGACCUGGCGUGUCGCGUGUGGGACGUGUUCUGCAGAGACGGUGAGGAGUUCCUGUUCCGCACGGCACUGGGCCUGCUGCGUCUCUAUCAGGACGUCCUGACCUGCAUGGACUUCAUCCACAUGGCUCAGUUCCUCACCCGCUUGCCCGACCUCAUCCCCACCGAGCAGCUCUUCCAGCACAUCGCCGCUAUUCACAUGGCCAGCCGAAACAAGAAGUGGGCACAGGUCCUGCAGGCAUUACAGAAAGAUCAGGAGCGAGGCAGCCCCGUGCUGAAGCGCUGAGCUGAGACCACAGCCUCUACCGGUUCCCCUUCAGCCUUCAGGAGACACUGGACUUUUCCCAGACUAGAAUGAACUAUGAGAGCUUUCGUUCAGUUUGGGGACAUAUCUGGUUGUAGCUGUAGAGCCAUGUCUCUACGUUGACUGGAACCAGGACCCUGUGGGUGGGGGGGUCUGUCAGUGAUCAGGCAGGGGUGCAAAAAGUAAUACGAGGCCUUAUUUAACUCCCAUCAUGCCUCUAUUCUGAGGCCCAGCAGCGGACUGCUGACUGUAGCUGGCAGAGGCUGAAGAAUGUUUCACACACUCCCACAUACAUGGAAACCAGAGAGAUGCCAGUUCCUACUCAACAUUCUCCAUGUAGUUUUAAUCUGUGCUGUCAGCACUGUCUCUGGCUCCAGUUCCACUUGUCCUUUAUAUUUUUUUUAUUUGGCUAUUUUUAUGACAUAGGUCCAAGUCAGAUCUGUGAAUGGCAA